UUUUUCUUCCUUUUAUUAUCACUUUUUUGUUGAGUUACUAUGUUGGCAAUGAAGUUUUUUAGUAGCAAAAAUGUUGUUGGUCUUGUUCUCUUCAUGGUGUGUUUGAAUGGUUGGUGCUUUGGAGAAUCAGAGAUGGAUAAUAUGGCUUCAAUGGAGAAGGCAGAGCAAGAAGCUCUUUACUCAAUCAUACAAGGCUUUGUUGGUAGCUGGUGGAAUGGCUCAGAUCUCUAUCCAGAUCCUUGUGGUUGGACUCCUAUACAAGGUGUCUCUUGUGAUCUCUUUGAUGGGCUUUGGUAUGUCACUGCCUUGAAUAUUGGACCAGUUCAUGAAAAUUCUCUCGUAUGCUCCGCGAAUGUGGAGUUUAGACCACAACUGUUUGAGCUCAAGCACCUAAAAACCUUGUCUUUCUUCAAUUGCUUCGUCUCACACCACAAACAUCCGGUUUCCAUCCCAACUAGUAACUGGGAAAAACUCGCCGGCAGGUUAGAAUCACUAGAGUUCCGAUCGAACCCCGGUCUAAUUGGACAAGUUCCUGCAAGUCUUGGCAGCCUCGUAAAGCUUCAAUCUUUGGUAUUUCUAGAGAAUGGAUUAACAGGUCAAUUACCAUCUGAUAUUGGCAACUUGGUCAACUUGGAAAGGCUAGUUCUUGCCGAAAACCGGCUCACAGGAAGAAUUCCAGACAGUUUUGGUGGAUUGAAUCAGCUUCUAAUCCUUGAUUUGAGUAGGAAUUCACUAUCUGGGCCUUUGCCUUGUACUCUUGGAAGUUUAACUUCGCUCCUAAAGCUUGACUUGAGCAACAACUUAUUAGAAGGCAAGCUUCCAAGUGAGAUUGCAAACAUGAAAAAUUUGACUCUUUUGGACCUCAGCAACAACAAAUUCUCUGGUGGUUUGGUUGAGUCACUUCAAAAGUUGUAUUCCUUGGAACAAAUGGUCUUAUCCAAUAACCCAAUUGGUGGGGACUUAAUGAGCCUAGAGUGGGAAAAGGUGAAGAAAUUAGCCAUAUUGGAUCUCUCCAACACAGGCCUUAUAGGAGAGAUUCCAGAGUCCAUAUCAGCAUUAAAGAGGCUGAGGUUUCUGGGUCUUAGUGAUAACAACCUCUCAGGAAAUCUCUCACCAAAGCUUGCCAAAUUGCCAUGUGUUGGAGCUCUGUACCUGAAUGGGAACAACCUGACAGGAGAGCUUAAAUUCUCUGAAUGGUUUUAUGGGAAAAUGGGAAGGCGUUUUGGGGCUUGGGACAACCCAAAUCUCUGCUACCCCAUUGGGCUGUCACCAGCUAGCCAUGUCCCAUAUGGGGUGAAACCAUGCCAGACAAAGCUAAAGCUGCUCGAGCCAAAUUCAGAUGUUCAUUUGGAUGAUGCCAUUUUGAAUCAAAAUCCACAUUUCAUGGCCUCAUUGGGAUGCUAUUGCAAUGCCAUUAAUGGGUUCUGGUGGCUUUUUUCUCUAGAGCUGUUGCUAAUGUUUCAUUUCUUUGGUGUGUAACUGUAGGCCUUCCUUGUAUAAGUAGAGUGUUAACCUUAUAGGAUGUAAUUUGUAACCUGAUCUUUCUUUGUUUCUCUCAAAUGCCCAUUUAGGUAGUUCCAAUUUGAAAUCAGAACUCAAAUUCCACGGCCUCUUUGGCAUUCACAUCAAGCAAUAGCAUUAGUGGAUUU